GCAUUUCCGAAGAUGGUCUCGAGGGUCUCGAGGGCACUCCGCCCACCAUGGCCUUCAGCCUCCCUCCUUAGGUCUCGCUUCCAUUCAUGCGCCUCAAGGCUCGGCGGAAAAGUUGCGAAUGAAGCACUUGCACACGACUACCAGCACACUAUUCUUUUGCCCAAGACUUCGUUCCCGCUACGAACGAGCGUGUCCAAGGAAGAUGGAAAGCUCCAUGCUAGGACAACGGGAGAGCUUUAUAGGUGGCAGUGGAAGAACGCGCAGGGACCAUUGUUCGUGAUGCAUGAUGGGCCUCCGUACGCUAACGGGAGCUUGCACAUUGGUCACGCGCUAAACAAGAUCAUCAAGGAUGUUAUUAAUCGGUACUACGUCUCCACUGGCCACAGAGUACACUAUAUUCCCGGCUGGGACUGCCACGGCCUUCCCAUUGAGAACAAGGCUCUACAAGAACUUCAGAAAGACCUUCUCUCCGUCCCUCGCCAUGAAAUUUGGGCCGCGGCGAAAGGGGUUGCGGAACGCGAGAUAGAGAGGCAGAAAGAGGAGUUCAAGCAGUUUGGCAUUAUGGCGGACUGGAGUCGCGAAUCAACGUAUCGGACAUUGGAUCAUGAAUAUGAGCUACGGCAGCUCCGCGUGUUCCAGAAGAUGGUCGAGCGAGGCAUGAUCUACCGUCAGAAUAAACCUGUGUAUUACUCCCCCUCGUCGCGCUCAGCACUUGCCGAGGCGGAACUCGUCUACAAAGACGACCAUGUUUCUCACUCGGUCUAUGUCAACUUCACGGUCAAGUCGCAAAGUCUAGGUGGCAAGCUCAAAGAACUGGUAGCUCCGGGUGAUACUGUUCGGUUAUUGGUUUGGACUACGACACCCUGGACGCUCACCGCAAACAUGGCCAUCGCUGUCAACGCUGAGAUAACAUACUCGCUCUUGCGGAAGGAAGGCAGCUCGGAAAUCACUAUCGUUGCCAAGGAACGCGUGAAGGCGCUGGAUAAACUAUUUGGCUCAAGAGAACACCUGGCUGACGUUCACGGCACGGACCUAGCUGGGUUGCAAUACCAAUCGUUAUUCGAGCACUCGACGGAUAGUUCGUUUGGCAUCAUUCUCGGCGAUCAUGUCACCCCGGAUUCGGGAACGGGUCUCGUUCAUAGCGCCCCUGCUCAUGGUCACGAAGACUACCUCGCCAUGAAGUCCAAGAUUGACGCCUAUUCGUCGUUGGUCUGUCACGUCGAUAGUGCCGGAACGUUCUCCAGUGAAAUCGCAGACGUUGUAGGAACGAGCUUGGCUGAACGCGUUGUUGGCAAGGAUAUCUUGGGCGACGGGAGCAGGGGCAUCGUCGAGUAUCUUCGCGAGACGGGCUCUUUGGUCAAAAUUGAACGGGUCAAGCAUCGGUAUCCCUACGACUGGAAGACGGACAAACCGGUCAUCGUGACGGCAACGUCGCAGUGGUUUGCAGAUCUAGGCGAUAUCAAGCAAGAUGCCUUAGACGCUAUUGAAGAUGUCGCUUUCUACCCUCCCAACUCGCGAAAUCGCCUCGAGGCUUUCAUCCGCUCCCGUUCCGAGUGGUGCAUUUCCCGCCAACGUGUCUGGGGCAUCCCGAUUCCCGCGCUUCACCACAUCCCCACCGGACGAGUCGUCCUCGAUGGUCCCACUCUCUCGCACAUCCUCCGCGUCUUUGAGGAGAAGGGCGUCGCGCACUGGUGGGACGGGCCUGUUUCUGACUUCCUGCCUCCUGAGCUCGCCGCGCAGGGCGGAGCAGGCGCGUGGGAGAAGGGCACGGAUACGAUGGACGUAUGGUUCGACAGCGGUUCUAGUUGGACGAUGCUUCGGGCCCUCGACGGCCAGGCGGACAGGAAGUUCCUAGCGGACGUUUGUUUGGAGGGAUCUGACCAGCACCGCGGGUGGUUCCAAAGCCAGCUGCUUACGGCAGUUGGUGCUGCUGAUGCGCCGAAGGACGGCAAGAAUGACCGCAGACCGGCGAGCCCGUACGGCGCACUUGUCACGCAUGGGAUGGUGCUUGAUGAGAAGGGUUUGAAGAUGAGCAAGUCAAAGGGAAACGUCAUCAGUCCACUGACAGUCAUCCACGGCGGCAAGGACAAGAAGAAGGAGCCUGCCUACGGCCCUGACGUACUCCGUCUCUGGGCAUCUACGGUCGAGUAUUGGUCAGACAUGUCGAUCGGUCCGACCAUCCUUGACCAAACGGACAAGGCUCUGCGCAAGAUUCGCAACUCCGCCAGGUUCAUCCUGAGCAACACAAACUCGACGGCAGAGCAGGCAAAGAACGUUCAGAAAUCUGAGCUUGGUCUGGCAGAGCGCUACGUUUUGCACAUGCUGUACAAACUCGAGAAGACGGCUCUCGAGGGCUACUCUGCGUACAACUUCCCCCGAGUGACGACGUCUCUCAUCAACUUCGCCUAUAGCACACUCUCUUCAUUCUACUUUGACAUCGUCAAAGAUUGCCUGUAUAUCAAUGCCGUCGAUAGCCCUGAACGCCGUGCAGUCGUAUACGCGCUCCUCAAGGUUCUUGACACGAUGACGCAUGUCAUGGCGCCCGUGCUGCCUCACCUCGCCGAAGAGAUCAACGAACACAAGGUCGACGGCACCCAGGCUUCCGUAUUCUCUCAGAAGUGGGUUCCGAUGGACCCGCAGUGGGAGGAUCCCCGUGCAGAAGCUGAUAUGACUCAACUGUUUGAAAUCCGAUCUCUCGUCCUUGGUCUUCUCGAGAAGGCUCGAAGAAAGGGAGAUCUCAGGAACUCCCUAGAAGCUGUUGUGGACAUCGUCAUACCCGAAGAUAUAGGUGGCGGAAGCGACCUCGUCGCCCUACUUAAGCGCGAAGAAAACUUCCUAAAGACCCUUUUUAUCGUGUCUGAUGUCCAUCUGAUGACGAAACCUUCGUUAACCAGCACUGACCUUCGUUGGCACGAGUCGCGAGACUUGGCCAUCGAACCUGCCAAUGUUCAAGGGGUGGAGCUGAUUCGCGUCAGACCUGCAGAAAAAGGCAAGUGUCCUCGGUGCUGGACCUACACCAAGGAGGAGGACAAAAAACUCUGUGGACGUUGCGAAGACGUCGUUGAGAGACACUAACAUAAGUUUAGAUAUAGAGUAAUCUUUGAGAUAUCGGAAAUAUCGUAAU